GCUACCAACCAGUCUACAAAUCACCAAUCAACCAACAUGAAGUGCAUCGCUAUCAUCUCCACCAUCUGCCUGCUGGCCGCUUUCGUUGCUGCCGAUAAGGAGGACCAGAUGAUAGGCUCAUCCUACGGAGGUGGCUACAGCGCUCCGGCCGCAGCUCCCGCUCAGUCCUAUGCCGCUCCAGCUGCUCCAUCCUAUGCCGCCGCUCCUGCCGCUCCGUCCUACGCCCCGUCCUCGAUCCCGGCCCCGCCCUGCCCCAAGAACUACCUGUUCAGCUGCCAGCCCAACCUGGCCCCAGUGCCAUGCAGCGCUCCAGCCCCCAGCUACGGAUCCGCCGGUGCCUACUCGCAGUACGCCCCCGUCUACGCCCAGCAGCCCCUGCGGUGGUAAACUGAUCAAUUGAUGCCACUGACUCACAUGGAACAACAGCAAAACUAAAGAAAAUAAAAAAAUAUUUAUGUUAAACCAUAA